CAGGGCUGCCUUCUGCUCUGCAUCUGGCAAAGUGGAGAUUGUUGUCAUCAGUGACCCCUUCAUUGACCCCAGCUACAUGGUCUACAUGUUCCAGUAUGACUCCACCCAUGGCGAGUUCAAUGGCACAGUCAAGGCUGAGAAUGGGAAGCUUGUCAUCAAUGGGAAGCCCAUCACCACCUUCCAGGAGCGAGAUCCCGCUAACAUCAAAUGGGGUGAUGCUGGUGCUGAGUACGUUGUGGAGUCCACUGGCGUCUUCACCACCAUGGAGAAGGCCGGGGCCCACUUGAAGUGUGGGGCCAAAAGGGUCAUCAUCUCCAUCCCUUCUGCGGAUGUCCCCAUGUUUGUGAUGUGUGUGAACCAUGAGAAAUAUGGCAAAUCACUCAAGAUUGUCAGCAAUGCAUCCUGCACCACCAACUGCUUAGCUCCCCUGGCCAAGGUCAUCCAUGACAACUUUGGCAUCGUGGAAGGGCUCAUGACCACAGUCCAUGCCAUCACUGCCACUGUGAAUGGCCCCUCUGGAAAGCUGUGGCGUGAUGGCCAUGGGGCUGCCCAGAACAUCAUCCCUGCAUCCACUGGUGCUGCCAAGGCUGUGGGCAAGGUCAUCCCAGAGCUGAACAGGAAGCUCACUGGCAUGGUCUUCCGUGUUCCUACCCCCAAUGUGUCCAUUGUGGAUCUGACAUGCCACCUGGAGAAACCUGCCAAGUAUGAUGACAUCAAGAAAGUGGUGAAGCAGGUAUCUGAGGGCCCACUGAAGGGCAUCCUGGGCUACACUGAGGACCAGGUUGUCUCCUGUCACUUCAACAGCAACUUCCACUCUUCUACCUUUGAUGCUGGGGCUGGCAUUGCUCUCAAUGAAAACUUUGUAAAGCUCAUUUCCUGGUAUGACAAUGAAUAUGGCUACAGGAACAGGGUCGUGGACCUCAUGGCCUACAUGGCCUCCAAGGAGUAA